AUGGCGGGUGGAGUUUUAGUUGUUUCAAAACAAGGGAGGCAAUAUGAGGGGAAGGUUACAGUGUUUGUUUUGGUCACAUGUUUGGUGGCGGCUAUGGGUGGUCUACUUUUUGGUUAUGAUCUUGGUAUUACAGGAGGAGUGACUUCCAUGGAACCAUUCUUAGUUAAAUUCUUCCCAGGUGUUUACAAACAAAUGAAAGAUGAAUCUGAACACGAGAGCCAAUAUUGCAAAUUUGAUAAUGAGCUUCUUACUUUGUUCACAUCUUCCUUGUAUAUUGCAGCUAGGGCUGCUUUAAUAGCUUCUUUCUUUGCUUCAACUACUACAAGAAUGUUAGGACGCAAGGCCUCAAUGUUUGCAGGUGGCUUGUUUUUCCUGGUGGGUGCAUUGCUCAAUGGUUUUGCUAUCAACAUUGAAAUGCUUAUCAUCGGUCGCUUAUUACUUGGUUUUGGUGUAGGAUAUUGUAAUCAGUCAGUUCCAGUGUAUUUGUCUGAAAUGGCUCCAGCAAAGAUUAGAGGUGCGCUCAACAUGGGCUUCCAAAUGAUGAUUACUAUUGGAAUCCUAGUGGCAAACAUUAUUAAUUACUUUACUUCCAAUCUCGAGAGGGGAUGGAGAAUUUCUUUGGGUGUUGGAGCAGUCCCUGCAAUUUUGUUGUGUAUAGGAUCCUUUUUUUUAGGCGACACACCAAACUCUAUGAUUGAAAGGGGCCAAAAAGAAAGAGCUAAGAAAAUGUUGCAAAAGAUUCGUGGUAUUGAUAAUGUCGAUGAGGAGUUCCAAGAUCUAAUUGAUGCUAGCGAGGAAGCAAAAAAGGUGCAACACCCGUGGAAGAAUCUUACACAAUUGAGAUACAGACCUCAACUAACAUUUUGCUCUCUCAUUCCAUUCUUCCAACAACUCACAGGAAUCAAUGUUAUCAUGUUUUAUGCCCCCGUCCUUUUCAAAACUUUGGGCUUCGGAAACGAUGCUUCCCUCAUGUCCUCAGUAAUUACCGGAGGUGUCAACGUACUCGCUACUUUUGUUUCUAUUUUCACUGUUGACAAGUUUGGAAGAAAGAUUUUGUUUAUUGAAGGCGGUGUCCAAAUGUUUCUUUGUCAGAUUAUUGUUGGAAGCAUGAUUGCUGUCAAGUUUGGAGUUAGCGGUGAAGGAUCCUUUACACACAUUGAAGCCAACCUUCUUUUGUUCUUUAUAUGUUUGUAUGUUGCAGCAUAUGCAUGGUCUUGGGGUCCAUUGGGAUGGUUAGUUCCUAGUGAAAUAUGCUCUCUUGAGGUUCGCUCUGCAGGUCAAGCUACCAAUGUUGCUGUGAACAUGUUAUUCACCUUCGCCAUUGCUCAAGUUUUUCUUACUAUGCUUUGUCACUUGAAGUUUGGACUUUUCUUCUUCUUUGCCGGCUUUGUGCUUAUAAUGACAAUUUUCAUUGUCAUGUUUUUUCCCGAGACAAAUAAUGUCCCGAUUGAAGAAAUGAAUAAAGUGUGGAAGUCUCAUUGGUUUUGGUCAAAGUUUGUUCCAGAUGUUGUCGUUGAUCAUGACCGUAAAGCCGUUGUUUGA